UUUUAAUUAAUAAUUUUAAUUGCUUAAUUAAUUAGUUUAAAUAAAUUAUAUUAUUUCUUGAACUUUUUUUUAUGAAUAAAAUGUCUGAAACAAUUGAAGCUAGUUCUAACACUGAAACAAAUCAAGGAAAAGACGAAUUAACCGAAGAACAAAAACAAAGAAUUGAACAAAACCGUUUGAAAGCAUUAGAAAUUAGAAAACGAAAAUUAGUAGCACAUCCAUACUCAGAAAAAUUGAAGAAAAAAACAGCAGAUACUGAUUCAGGAUUUUCAUCAUUUUUUUCAACAUCAUCAUCUGAUAAUAUUCUAAAAGUGGCGGGAAAAAAAGUUAUCGAUUCAGGUGGUGGAUUUUUAAUUGAAGAAGAAGAUGAUGAUGAAUUAUUAAAUGAAGCAUUAAAUCAAGAAAUCUCAUCGCAGCCUCCACCAAUUAUUGAAUUUGAUCGUCCACCAUGUUUGGAAUGUAAUAAAAAAUUUGCGACCUCAUAUUUAAUGGAAAAAUUCGAUUAUACGGUGUGUGAUGACUGUUACGAUAAAGAUGAUAAGCAUGCAUUAAUUACAAAAACAGACGCGAAAAAAGAAUAUUUACUCAAAGAUUGCGAUAUUGAUAAGCGUGAUCCACCAUUAAAAUACAUUGAACGUAAGAAUCCACAUAAUCAACGAUGGGGUACAAUGAAACUCUACUUACAGAUACAAAUUGAGAAACGUGCACUAGAAGUGUGGGGCUCCGAAGAAACAUUACGUGAAGAGUUGGAUAAACGUGACGAAAAACGUGUUUUAAUUAAAACGAAAAAAUAUCAAAAAGAGAUGAAAGAGUUGAGAAAAACUGUUCGUAGUAGUUUAUUUGAUAAUCGUACUAAUCAAGCCACACAUGUUCAUAAAUUUGGACCAGAAAGUUAUAAUGAAGAAGAUGAUAUUUAUAGUCAUACUUGUUUGACUUGUAAUUUUGUUGAAACAUUCGAAAAAAUUAACGCCAUCGCACGGAGAAAUGAUAAAUUAACAUGUAGAAUGAUAAAUGGUUUGUUUCUGAACUUGCGUUUAAAAUAUUCCAACAUAAUUUUACAUGGAAACAAGCCGAAAAAUAUGAUUUCAGCAUGAUUCAGAUUGGCUGACAACCUCAACGGGUAUAAAGACGUCACAACCAAUAUAUUUGUAGAUAACCGAAAUGCUCGCUCGGAGAUUUAAAGUUAAGAAAGAUUUAAUCUUCAGAUCUCUACCCCCCUACUAAGGACUUAAGAAACCAUACCUCGAUUUGGAUCGUCAUUUCAAAUCUUUAGAUUCUAAUGAAACCCUUAAAAAGGAUAUUAUUUUUACACACAUCCAUUUAAUAU